AUGAUGACACAACUGCCGCCAGUUGAGGUGCAGCGAAGACUAUUGAUUUUCGAAGACUCGGAUGACGACCUGGCAGCGAAAAUGUUCCCCAUGCGGCCCAUGAAGGAGCGUGUUUCUGAUCAUGCGGAAAAAACAAAGAAGAAAGACAAAAAGUUGGUGAAGCUGGGUUCUGGUAGUUCCGUGGGGGUCAUUUCGAAGAAGAGUUCGACUUCCAUCAUGGCCCCCAGCUGUAGCAGAGGGAUGCUCGAUCUCUCUCUGCAGUUGGCACAACUGCCAAGACCAAAGGUCCGGCCCGUGUUGGGAAAGGAAAAGGGUACCGAGCUAGAACUAAGGAUAAAGCCCCUGUUGUGGAUUGUCCCGUUGAAGCUAUAUCUCCUACGUUGGUAG